AUGGGACGUCUGAGUGUUCUCCUGUUGGGAGUAGCAAAUGCCUUCUACCUCCCCGGUUUGGCCCCGGUUUCCUAUUGUAGGGAAGGGCAGGAGAAUCCAGGAGAUCAACCUUGCCACGCUGACAUCGAAUUAUUCGUCAAUAAGCUCACUUCUCACGAUUCCGCCAUUCCAUUCGAAUACAGCGCAUUCGAUUUCUGCCAAGACACAGACGGUGAAAAAUCGCCAACGGAAAAUCUUGGCCAGGUCCUCUUCGGCGAAAGAAUUCGACCAUCGCCAUACAAGUUCAAGUUUGACAGUGAAGAGACGUGCAAAAAAGUCUGCGAGAAGAAAUAUUCUGGCGACGAUGAUAACAUGAAAUUCUUGAAGCACGGAAUGAUGUUCAGCUAUGAGCAUCACUGGAUCAUUGACAACAUGCCCGUCACAUGGUGCUACCCAGUUGAUAAUGAAGCGCACAAGACCUUCUGUUCUACUGGCAUUCCUAUGGGUUGUUUCGUCACAAAGGAUGGUACUCAAAAAGACGCUUGCGUGAUCAACACCAAUUACAACAAGAAAUCCAAUUUCUACCUCUUUAAUCAUCACGACAUCGUGAUCUACUACCACGACGGUGUUGAGGGAGGAUACGUUGGAAACCGACUUAUCUCAGCUCGACUCAAUCCCAAGUCUUACAAGAGCGGAGAAUGCAAGGGUGAUCCCAUGGCCAUUCCACAGGAGCUCAAAGGCGAUAUUACCGUUCCAUACACGUACUCCAUCAAGUUUGUCAAGAACAACAACGUCAAGUGGGCUUCUCGAUGGGAUUAUAUUCUUGAUUCUAUGCCACAUACCAAUAUUCAGUGGUUCUCGAUCAUGAACUCUCUCGUCAUCGUCCUAUUCCUCUCUGGUAUGGUCGCCAUGAUCACCGUCAGAUCCCUCCACAAAGAUAUUGCUCGAUACAACUCCCUCGAGAGCCAGGAAGAAGCUCAAGAAGAAUUCGGCUGGAAGCUGGUUCACGGUGAUGUUUUCCGACCACCAAAUGCGCCCAUGCUCUUCUCUGUUCUUUGCGGCUCCGGUGCCCAGAUCAUCAUUAUGACAUUCUUCACCCUCUUCUUUGCUUGCCUUGGCUUCCUUUCUCCCGCUAAUCGUGGCUCUCUCGGAUCAACCGGAAUCGUUCUCUUCGUUUUCCUCGGUCUCCCAGCUGGUUAUGUUUCUGCUCGACUCUAUAAGACCUUCGGCGGCGAAGCUUGGAAAUCAAACACCAUUCUUACAUCUUGCUUCAUUACUGGAACUAUUUUCUUUAUCUUCUUCGUGAUGAACCUCAUUCUUUGGGGAGAGCACUCCAGCGCAGCCAUUCCUUUUGGAACGCUAGUUGUCAUUCUUCUCCUCUGGUUUGGAAUCUCCAUCCCUCUGACAUUCCUUGGAGCUUUCUACGGUUAUAAAAAGCGACCAAUUGAACAUCCUGUUCGCACCAACCCCAUCCAGCGUGAGAUCCCAGAGCAAAUCUUUUACACGAAGCCGAUUCCUGGAAUCAUCAUGGGCGGUAUCCUUCCAUUCGGUUGCAUCUUCAUCCAGUUGUUUUUCAUCCUCAAUUCUAUCUGGUCUCAUCAGAUCUACUACAUGUUUGGAUUCUUGUUUUUGGUAACGAUCAUCCUCAUCGUCACGUGUUCUGAAACUACCAUUCUUCUUUGCUACUUCCACCUCGCUGCCGAAGAUUACAGAUGGUGGUGGAGAAGUUACUUGACUUCCGGCUUCACCGCAGUUUAUUUCUUCAUCUACGCUGCUCACUUCUGCACUUCAAAGCUCGACCUCCGUGACGGAGCUGCAUCGCUUAUUAUCUACUUCGGGUACACUUCAAUCAUGACUCUGGCGAUCUUCCUUUUCACCGGUACAGUCGGUUUCCUUGCAUGCUACUGGUUCGUUCGAAAGAUCUACGGCGCUGUCAAAGUGGAUUAA